UUGUCCAACAAUUUGAGUUCUUCUUCUUCUCAAAACACAACAGAAACAUCUGAAACAGUUGUCCAAACAGCACCAGAACAAGUUUCACAUAGUUUUACAAUUCAAGACAAAUUGUCCAACAAUUUGAGUUCUUCUUCUUCUCAAAACACAACAGAAACAUCUGAAACAGUUGUCCAAACAGCACCAGAACAAGUUUCACAUAGUUUCUACAAUUCAAGACAAAUUGUCAACAAUUUGAGUUCUUCUUCUUCUCAAAACACAACAGAAACAUCUGAAACAGUUGUCCAAACAGCACCAGAACAAGUUUCACAUAGUUCUACAAUUCAAGACAAAUUGUCCAACAAUUUGAGUUCUUCUUUUUCUCAAAACACAACAGAAACAUCUGAAACAGUUGCCAAACAGCACCAGAACAAGUUUCACAUAGUUCUACAAUUCAAGACAAAUUGUCCAACAAUUUGA